AACAGCGCAAAUGCGUUCGGUCGCUUGUUUCACUGUGUCACAAGUUUCACGAAGCUUCGCUAGUGUUACCUCUUUAAUGCGAGGCUGUUGCUUUUGCUCUAUCAGUGAACUAGGCGUACCACCUUUUGACUGUGACUCGAAACAGCCGGACGAACCAUAGUUUUUCGUGGAUCUACUGAACUACCACGUUCUGGUUCACCAGUCAUGUCAUGUGAUAAGUGUGUAUUUGUGCAUUGCCAAAAUCUCAGAAGCACGGGUGGCAAGCGAUUUUUUCGGUUUCCGUUGGAUGAACAGCUGAAGCAGUUGUGGGUGAACAACAUGGGUACUUCUGCAUUGGAACCAGAAGUGGAUGGUAUGCUCUGUGCUGAGCAUUUUGAGCCAGAGUGCUUUACCGACGGGAGGCUCGAGGAACUACGUGGCGAUGCCAUUCCCACCGUGUUUGAUUUCCCAGCUGCCACUGCUCAAGCAACUGCACCUGUUGCAAACAAACCUCCAUCAUUGCUCAAGAGAAAAUUGGUCGAUAUAAAGACAACUUACCUGAAGCAUAAUCUGGAGAAGCCUGUUACUGUGACCCUUCCUCCAUCUUCAAGGCUUGUCCUUAUACCAACCAAGCCACAUCUAGAACAACAUCGCUCAUCUCGUUCAACCACAGUGCCUAUUGCCAAAGAGUCGCCUCACUCUCAUUUUUCUGCAGUGAGCACCGUGGCCAUGUGCAGCAGUGUGCAGAAUGACUUGGUUCUGAAUGAUGAUGUGGAUACCACUGUUGCUCCGCAGGAUCUCAGUGACCAGCGAUCUAUAGUGCAGCCUAUUACACAGCUACGAACAUCUAAGUUGGCCAAGGCGACACAGGAGCUUUCAAAGGCAAAGAGAGCAUAUGCCACUUGCAGGCGAAAGCAGAAGACACUAAAUGACCUUCUGUUCGUCGAACGGACUUUGGAGCGCAAUGGUAAAAAAGUAAUUGAAAUUUCUUUGUCCCAGCUUGCACUUGAAGUGCUUGAAAUUCAACCAACAGAUGCAGCAAACAACCACAUUGAAGAAGGGUCUUGUGCAUUAGACCAUGUUCUUCAAAAUGAAGCUGGAUCUCACAAAAAUGGUGAACAGCUUAUGUCUGAAAGCCAAUAAAUGCAGUCCCAAGAAA